AUGAAAAAAGCAUCCAGUUAUUAUAGAACCAAACGAAGAAAAAUUCAAAAUGAACUUGAAUUAUUAGGUAAUUGGUCUAGUGAUGAUUUGGCAACAGAACCUGAUACUGACUGUGUGAUAAAACCAUUUUCUACUGAAAUACCUAUUGCUCAUGAUGACCAAAACUUAAACUCUCUUUAUCAAAUUAAUGUCAAAAAUGCUGACAGUUCAUUAAAUACUUUACAUACACAAUUACAUUUUUUAUCACCUGAGUUGUCAUGUAAUGUAAUCAAUAAUAUCCCGAUAGAUGUUAAUAGCAACACACACAUAAAUAGUAAAGAAGAGAGUCUAGAAGAGAGUAUUCAGCAAUCCUUAGGUCAAUGGGCAGUUAAUUGUAAUGUUCCUCAAAAUACUGUUAACAAACUACUGACAAUUUUGAAAUUUGAAACACCUUUAACAUUUUUACCAAAAGAUUGCCGUACACUUUUGAAAAGUGGAUCAUCAAAAGUUAUAAAUAUUAGAGAAGUGAAACCAGGCCUUAAAAAGGUAUCAUAA